GUGGACCCGGUACCAACAAUGGCGGAAGAAGACCCGGUUCCAACAAUGGCGGAGGAAGACCCGGUACCAACAGUGGCGGAGGAAGACCCGGUACCAACAAUGGUGGAAGUCCCGGCUCCAACAAUGGUGGUACUCCAGGAAGAGUUGGGACAAACGACAACAUUGACAUUGCAUUGUGCACAGAACUGGCAGACGAAGGUUCCUGUGACUUCUUCACGGACCCCUAUUGUUUCCAAGCACUGCUCAAUACGUGCCGCGUUUCUCCUGUAUGGGUCAUGCAGAUCUGUCAGUUGUCCGUUGUAGUUAAUGGCACGUUCAACCAAGAGGGAAGGGAUUACAUGGGCAGCGUGAGGCAGUGUCUGACACAAGGCACCAUACCCGCACUGCAGUACAAUAACUGCGACAGAACGACGCAGCUCGUUGAAGACACUGUAUUUGCGAGAGACAGCUGCAUUGAUCAGGACAACUUCUGUGAUAUGAUAUCCGCUCCCGAAAAUGCAAAAAAUAUCGUCUACAGCUUCGGUCUUGCACACGAAAGUGACUUCCAGCAACGCCUUCUUUCUAAAUUCAAUGACCUCCUCGAUUCAUGUGGCAGUGAUGCAACGGAUGUAUUUGAAUCUGCAGUCACUGGUGGAGGUGGAAAUGGAAACGGAGGAAGUGGUGGCAAUAGAGGUGGAAAUGGUGGAAACAGAGGAGGAAAUAAUGGUGGAAAUAGAGGGGGAAAUGGUGGAAAUAGAGGAGGAAAUAAUGGUGGAAGCAGAGGAGGAAAUACUGGUGGAAGCAGAGGAGGAAAUACUGGUGGAAGCAGAGGAGGAAAUACUGGUGGAAGCAGAGGAGGAAAUAAUGGUGGAAAUAGAGGAGGAAAUGGAGGUCGAGGUGGAAGUGGAACAGGAAGUGGUGGACGAGGAACAGGUGGAAACGGUGGAAGUGGAGGUAGGAAAUAAUGGUGGAAGCAGAGGAGGAAAUAAUGGUGGAAAUAGAGGAGGAAAUGGAGGUCGAGGUGGAAGUGGAACAGGAAGUGGUGGACGAGGAACAGGAAGUGGUGGAAGAGGAACAGGAAGUGGUGGACGAGGAACAGGAAGUGGUGGACGAGGAACAGGAAGUGGUGGACGAGGAACAGGAAGUGGUGGACGAGGAACAGGAAGUGGUGGACGAGGAACAGGAAGUGGUGGACGAGGAACAGGUGGAAACGGUGGAAGUGGAGGAAGUACAGGAGGCAAUGGAGGCUACGGUGGAGGCUACGGCGGAGGCAAUGGCGGAAGUGGAACAGGAAGUGGUGGAAGAGGAACAGGAAGUGGUGGACAAGGAACAGGAAGUGGUGGACGAGGAACAGGAAGUGGUGGACGAGGAACAGGAAGUGGUGGACGAGGAACAGGAAGUGGUGGACGAGGAACAGGAAGUGGUGGACGAGGAACAGGUGGAAACGGUGGAAGUGGAGGUAGUACAGGAGGCAGUGGAGGCUUCGGCGGAAGUGGAACAGGAGGUGGUCGAAGCUGCUCUCAAAUGGCUGAGGAUGGUUCUUGUGAUUUUUACACUGACCCAUUUUGCUUCCAAGCAACCCUCAACACAUGCCGUGUUUCGGCCGUGUGGGGUAUGCAGAUUUGUCAACAGUCUAACAUCAUCGGCACUGCUUUUUCCGAACCAGCUGCCGAAUACAUGCUCAGUGUCAGGAAGUGCAUGACAGGGACAUUGUCAGGAAUGCUUGAAAACCCUGUCUGUGGAAUCGUUGAAGACGUGGCUGAAAGUAGUCUCACCACAACCGACGGCUGCAUAAAUCAAGAUGGUUUCUGUGAAGUCAUGUCAGAUUCCGCAGACGCAAGAAACCUGUAUCUCAUCUUUGGCCUUCCUCACCCCAGUGACUUCCAGGCGAAGCUUUUGCAAGUGUUCAAUGACCUCAUCAGAACCUGCCCUAGUGAUGCUCAGGACACGUAUGAUAAUCUAGUCAACUCGUUCGGUGGAGGAAACAAUGGAAACCAAGGAAACAACGGAGGGCGUGGAAACCAAGGGAACAAUGGAGGAAGAGGUGGCAACGGAGGAAACAAUGGAGGCAGAGGUGGCAACGGAGGAAACAAUGGAGGAAGAGGAGGCAACAGAGGAAACAACGGAGGGAAUGGAAACCAAGGAAACAAUGGAGGAAGAGGUGGCAACGGAGGAAACAAUGGAGGAAGAGGUGGCAACGGAGGAAACAGUGGAGGAAGAGGUGGCAGAGGAGGAAACAAUGGUGGAUUCCGAACGACCACGAUGAUGAUGAUGAUGGGUGGAGCUGGUGGCGACUAGACGCGUCACCAAAUUGCGAUAAAGACAUUGCCCACUGAAUAUCAUUAACGAAUAUGACACAACAUGAUGCUUGACUGUUUUCAGAUGCUUGGAAAUCACCAUUAAUGACCUGGUGCUACAAAGCAAAUUCUUUCACGAAUCUCGUUGUCCUCAUGAUUUCAAGUUGAUAAACACUUACUAUAGAAAUAUGAAACAUGUUUGUUUAUUUUCGUUGAAAUGAGACUCUGGGUUGUUGGGAUAAUUUUUGUCGAAGAUAAAUCACUGGUAAUAGUCACUGAUACGUUCGGGCAUAAUUCUUGUCACUUUAUUUGCAUUUAUAUAUUGUUAUAUACAUAUAUAUACAUAUAGCAAAGCAAUAAACCUUUGACCAUGAAA